AUGGCCUUCAUCAACGAAGUGAGCAAUCCCGACGUGUUAAAGCAGGCCGUCAGCAUGUAUAUCCGCUCCAAACGCCGACAGUCCCAAGAUGAAGCCGUCGACUACUGGGGACCAUUGCCCAUCUACGACACCGAGCACUUCCGUCGCAACUUCAAGCUUCCGAUAGACUUGUUCGACAAGAUCAUGGCGGACCAAGACGAAUACUUCAAGCAGAAGCCUGACGCUGCGGGUCAGUUGGGCGCCACGCCACUCCAAAAGAUCUGCGCUGCGAUGCGCAUGCUGACGUCAGGUGUCUAG